AAGGCAUUCUCGUGUGUUCUAUGUGCUCAACGGAAGGUGAAGUGCGACAAGAAUCCUGGCGGUUGCAACAACUGUACCAAAGCACGUGUGCCAUGCAUUUACAAGGCACCCCCACCACCACGGAGGAGACGGAAGGGCGUCCGUGACGUGGAUGUUACCACCAAGCUUCGAGUCUAUGAAGCCGCUUUGCGGAAAGCUGGAAUCGACCCAGAAAGCCUACUGAAACAACCAUCAUUGGCAGAUAGCGAUAUCACUCAUAGCCAGCCAGGGCCCAACGGGGAACCUACACCUCGACGACCGGGGCCAGCCGAGGAUGAAACCGAUUCGACUGAGAUAGGUGUUCUAGUCACAGAGCAUGGCAAGUCAAGGUACCUGGGGAACAGUAUAUGGACAAGUUUGAGAGGUGAGUUUCGCAAUCUGAAAGAGAUUCUCGAUGAGACUUCGGACGAAGAGUCGUUCGAUGGUCACAUUGGCAGGGCGCCCGAAACCUUCUCUCUAGACGGUACGCAGCUACUAUUCGGCAGCCCUAUAUCAUCGACAGCACUUCGACCUCUUCACCCUCAACCCGUUGGAGCGUUCAAGCUGUGGCAGGCUUAUCUGGACAAUAUCAAUCCGCUGAUCAAAUUAUUCCACGCACCAACGGUGCAGCAGCUGAUAAGUGAGACAAAUGGCAACCUGGACGAAGUGCCACAGAAUGUGGAAGCGCUCCUAUUCGCGAUCUAUUGCAUUUCGGUUGAGUCUUUGAGCGACAAAGAGUGCAUAGCCAUCACCGGAGUUUCCAAGGAAGUGGCAAGGCAGCAGUUCAGAUCUGGCGCUCAACAUGCUUUGAUCAACGCAAGCUUCCUGAAAACCUCGGACCUGAUGAUUCUGCAAGCGCUGACCCUCUUCAUUGUGUCGCUUCAAAACAUCGAUGCUCGCAUCAUCUGGAUGCUGUCUGGGGUCGCGCAGCGAAUCGGACAACGCAUCGGCCUACACCGCGACGGUGAUAUGCUAAAGCUACCCCCUUUCGAAGCCGAGGUACGCAGGCGCUUGUGGUGGCAGAUCAUCAUGCUGGAAGGUUUCUCUCAGAAGCUCGCGGGCACAGGCACUGGGACAGAUGCCUCUAUUCUUAUGGGUGACGUCAAAAUGCCAGCCAACCUGAACGACAGCGACCUGUUUCCGGGCAUGAAAGAACUGCCUAAAGAGUCUGACAGGGCUACUGAGAUGAUGUUCUUUCUCAUUCGAUGCCACGUUGGCGAGUUUUUCAAGCGCUUCGAGACCCCAAAAGCUCUGUUCGACGGAGUCUGGAACAAGCUGACGACAACUGCCGUUAGUGUGGGUAUCAAGGAGAGAGCCAUAGGGGAGCUCGAGCGCCUCUUCGAACAAAGGUUCCUGCGGCACUGCGACACCUCAAUCACCUGGCACUUGAUGUGCACUCACUUGGCGAAGGCUAUCAUCUUCAUGAUGCGCUUCAUGGCUUACGGCGCCAACUACCAGGGCAAGACUGAGUCUCAAGCACAGAAAGAUACCCUCUUCACUUUGUCUCUGCAAGUAUGCUCGUCUCAGAACCUGGCUUACACCAUGAAAGAGAUGCAAGGCUUCAUGUGGCACGUCAACAUGCACUUCCAAUGGAGAGCAUUCGUCUACUUACUCUCUGAGCUUCGUUAUCGGACCUCGGGACCGGAGGUCGAGCAAGCGUGGAGGGAUGUUCAGCUUACAUACGAGUUUCACCCAACUUUCGAUAAAGAGCUGUCCAGAAGAGCAUUGCCAAUCGCCGUCAGCAACCUGACGCUCAAGGCAUGGGAAGCC